AUGUUGGGAGGCUCCACCAGACCUUCAGGGCUGGCGCCAUGGUGGUUUUCGAUAAUUUUUGCCGCGCUCUGGGCCAAUAUUGCAAAAGCGGCCUAUGUGGGCACCUAUCCAUGUCCUGGGGUAGACUCAAGCACCUUUGAGUUCUCCAACAUAGCGGUGGAGGUGGGUUACAACGAACACGACAAGUACAUCACCUACAAAUUGCACACAGUCGCGCUAGAAAACAUCACCGACGUGAAUGCCACCACCAACAUGUACACCACGCUUCAUGUGACGGUCGAGUAUAUUGACCACGUGAUUGUGGAUGAAUAUCUUAGACUUUGCGACUUUCUCAGUUAUGACAACGAGACGUUCGUGGAAACGCUCCCGCUGAACUCGCAGGAACCUUCGACUUUUACCGAACCAGAGUAUCCAGACGGUUCGAACUCGCCAACCACGACCUUAGAACCUAAUUCUGGUGCUACUGCUGAUACUGCUGAUGGCGUCGCCACAGCCACGACCACUGCCCCGGCGCAAAUGCUGGAAGGACUCCAGACGGGUUCCGCCUCCUCAACCGGCCUUGCGGAGCCCACAACAACUGCAGCUGCAGUUGCACGGCUGAGACGGAGAGACUCGGAUUCGAUCGGGAUCUGUCCAGUUUUGCAAGGAGAGCAUCUGAUGUUGACCUACUGGACCGAUGUGGGCGAGCCGCGCACUUUUGGCUCGUACAUUGCCAGAUUCUCGUUUAUAAGCGCGGAUCACGAGCACACGCUUCUGUCAUGUUCGAAGGUUUACGCCACUCCGAAACAGCCGGAUUCGCUUAUCCUGGGAGUAGCCAUCCUGGUGGUGACUACUGGAGUAUUGAUCUGGGUGGUCAACGUGAUCGUGAUGGUUUUCUCGCCCUACCAGGAGUCCAGCAAUGCCUUUUUGUUCCGCGCUUCAACAAUUUGCAAUGCGCCAAUCCUGACGCGUAUGUCGCCUUCCAUAGCCGACUAUCUAAGGUACAUUCACUAUGUGUUUUUCAUGGGGGCUCUGAAUCUGUCAUACCCGGGCUUCUAUCAGCCAAUAAUGUCCUCGUUUAGAUGGUCGACCCUCAUGGACGUGAAUAACGGGAUAGCCAUUCCCACUGAGGGUCACGUCUACUACGCCUAUACCGGAAACGGUUUGCGCGGUCUUAUGACUUCGAGCUCAGACACACUGGCCACCACAGAAUACCAGAAUUUCAUCAAGUGUCUUGGAAUCUUGAUGCUGAGCGUGAUAUUCGUCUCACAGAUCAAUGUUGGAAUCAAUCGUAUACGAAACAGGAAACACCGCAGUCCGACCACAGCAAAGGCUUUUUUCCUAAAUGACUUCUUCUAUGUUGUUGGAAUUGUCGUGAUCUUGUUUUUGGAGGUAUUUGCGAUUCCGUUUCUCGUGCUGACGUUCUAUCUUUUUUCAGCAAUAUCGUCCCCAGGUGUGCAAUUCGAUACGGUGGACCAAAAGACUCCAAAGGUGUGGUCCAUUGUGGUGAGCAUAAUACUGUUGGUUCUAUGGCUUGGUCUGGUGUUCUUCUUUGGAAUACGAUACAUCUUUUCAAAGAAAAAUCGCCGCAAGCUCUACUCGUCUCUCAAGAUCAUUCUGAUUUGGGGAGGCUUUUACCACAUGUACGAGACGGGUAAGGUCUUCUUCUUCCUUAUAGACACCUUGGAAACCUUCUUAUUUUCACUGCUCGUGGGAGCUGUCCAGAGGAAUGGUGGUGCUCAGAUCGUUUGCAUCGUAGUUCUGGAGCUUGUCUACUUGCUGGCACUGAUCAAAAUCAGUCCGUACUACUCUGGUGCAAAGAUGAACCCAUGGAAGUUCGUGAUCAGCUCCACCAAGACGCUGGUGGCUGUGCUGGCUCUUCCCUACAUUCCGUCUUUGAACGUGAACAUCAGGGCCAAGUCUAAUCUUGCUUACGCCCAGAUGGUGAUGCAUCUUGCCAUAUUCCUGUUCCUCUUUAUUCUGCCUACUUUCUACAAUUUGUACGCAGUCAGCAAAGAGUGGAUCAGGGCCAGAAACGGACUGGCAGUCUGGCCAUUGGAUGCCAAUGCGAGCAACCCGGUGAUGGUGCCGAUGUCUGGUGAUGAUAGAAGCUACAGAUACGACUCUUCUUCUGUCAUCGUUCCUGAAGUUGAUGGAAGCAAUUUGAUGUACUACAGAUCACGGCCCAAACGUGUGGAUUCGGUGUUGAGCUUGGGUUUGACGCCUCCUGGGUCUCCAGCUCCUAUCGACUUCCAUUUGGGUGAUUCCCCUGAGAUUAGACCAUCGCACACCCAGCGGGACUCAGAGGCUGCAUCGAUUGCUUCCGAAGUGCUGCAAUUGACUGACAAGCGUGUGCUGCCUGGAAUCAGUGUGAACCAUUCAUUCUUCCCACCUUCUCAUCCAAUCUACAGUAAGCAGCCCGUGGAUUAUACCACGCGUGAGGCCGAUGUCUUCUACAACUCUUACCGCAUACUGGAGCCCGAUCCGGAAGUCAAGAGGUUGUGGGAAUCUAGAGAAGAAAGACUUAAUGCGAAACCAGCUGUGGACAAGGAGCCUUAUGUACCGGCGAACGCAGACCAAGUCCCCAAAAAACAAAACCGCUCGAGAUGGUUGCCCAAGAUACAGUUUGGUGCACCACCUGCUCAGGAAGCUGUUCCUGACACAGAAAAGGGUUUCCACGUGAUGAGACCUCGCCAGCUGGUGGUGAAGGAAUCGCAUACUGAGAAAUAUUCUGCUAAGGACUCCCUUUCGCUUGUGAGAACAAGUCGCAGCUUCUCAAGCAAGGAGGACGUUAUUUCGGAAAAGACCCAACCAGGCAUUCACCUCCAAAGUUCCAAGUCUUCGACUGUGGAUUACGAACCUGCCGAGAACCGUAGCUCCGAGGAUGAAAGCGAAAGCUUUGUGAGCUUCGACAACGACGGCAAUGGGAAAUAA